AUGAUAUUUAUCGCCCUUGCUAUCAUUCUACUUUCCCUUUUAUUAGCAGGAUGUUCAUCCUCUUCGCCUCAAAUACCAACAAUCUUCUUAAUAUCCUUAUUUUACGAACAAUAUCCCCCCAUAGAGUCAACCGCACAAUCCGCUCCAUCGGUAACAGCAGACAUCGCCAAUAUAGUCCGUGACGCCCAGCUUGAGGUUCGCGUAGGAUAUUUUGGAAUCUGCGUUCAGCGUGGCGGCGGAUCAUUUAUCUGCAACGCGAACGCCACAGCGCUAGCUGGCAUCCUUCCCGCCGAAGAUGACCCCUUGAACCUUGUCUGGGUGGCAUCAACAUUCAAAGACGCCGUUGUUUUUCCAUACCUAAUCAUUGUUGCCGUAAUAUUCGCAUUUGUCUGUUUCCUUAUCCUGGGUACGUUCCCCGGCUGGCACGAAGAGACCUCUCCCGAUGGCUCCGAGCAGGAGGUCAGGCCGUUCCCAUCACGACCUGUUUCGCAAGUCGCGCUCUCUCUGAUAUUCGUUGCUUCCGUGUUCAUUUUGGUUUCCGUCCUCUGGCAGCACACUGCAUCCGUAGCGGCAAGCACAGUAGCCCAGGAUCUGGGCAACGGAAGCGUAAAAAGUGGGGUGGGCACGUCAGCGAUGAUAUUAGGCUGGUUUGGAUUCGGCUUGCUCGUUGUUGUUACGAUUGGGUUACUGGCGAUGAUCCUAAGUAUUAGUUUGUUGACGAGGCUUACGGAUGAUUGA